AUGGUCAAACCAUUCACAUUUUCAUGCUUUUUUUUUUUAUCUAACAGAUUUUUCUGGUUGAGAAAGAUUAUGACUUUUCUUUUUGGCAUAAUCUGCAAGCCUUAUAACAACAUCUUACCUUCUUUUUUCUUUUGUUCUUUCUUUUUUCUUUCUUUCUUUUUCUUUUCCUUUUCUUUAUUUUUCUUUUUUCUUUCUUACUUUCUUCCUCCCUUUUUCUUUACUUUUUUCUUUCUGUCAUUAUUUUUCUUUCUUUCUCCCUUUAUUUAUUUCCUUUAUUUCUUUCUCAUUUCUUUCUUUUUUUUCUAUCUUUUUCUUUCUUUCUUUCUUUCUUUCUUUCUUUCUUUCUUUCUUUCUUUCUUUCUUUCUUUUUCUUUCUUUUUUCUUUCUUUUUUCUCAUUUCUUUAUUUUUCCUCUUUUCUUUGUUUUUUCUUCUUUUUUCUUUUUCUUCUUUUCCUUCUUUUUCUUUUUUCUUUCUUUCUUCCUUUUUUUUCUUUCCUUUUUUGUUCUUUCUGUCUUUAUUUUAUUUUUCUUCCUUUCUUUUCUAUUCUUUCUUCAUUUUUCUUUCUUUUUCUUUCUUUUUCUUUCUUUUUCUUUCUUUUUUCUAUCUUUCUUUUUUCUUUCUUUCUUUCUUUUUUUCUUUAUUUUCUUUUGUUUUCCUUUCUUUCUUUCUUUCUUUAA